GAGACAAGGAAAUUAAAGUCUAAGAAGAAAAAAUGGAUGAAAUGUUUAACGUAACUUUGGAAAGAGAGAAAUUCUACGCGAGUCAUAACUUUAAAGACCAGACUAUGCAAAACGUUGAGGUUGUGUACACAUGGGAGAUGGAUUUCAAUCGCAGCACGUUAGGGGCGUCCACAAUACUCGUGCCCAAGCCUGUCGCGCCUACCCCGGCCUCCUCUGUCACGAUGCCAUUGUGGGCGCACAACUCAUGGGUGUGUCUCUUCGCCGCUAUGUUGGCUGUCGCUAUCGGAGGAAAUGCUAUUGUUAUCUGGAUUGUUACAGCUCAUCGGAGAAUGAGAACGGUCACGAACUACUUCCUGGUAAACCUGUCCUUUGCUGACUUGAUGAUGGCGUCGCUAAAUUGUCUCUUCAAUUUCAUCUACAUGUUACACAGUGACUGGGUGUUUGGAGUGCGGUAUUGUCAGCUGAGUAACUUCAUAGCCAAUGUCACUGUCGCUGCCAGCGUAUUUACAUUGACGGGCAUUUCUUUUGAUAGAUAUCAAGCUAUCGUGAGGCCAAUGCGACCCCGAAUGUCAAAAACAUGUUCCCUGGUCAUGAUCGCUGUGAUAUGGUUAAGCGGGAUGCUUCUUGCAAUACCCUGUUUAUUAUAUUCAACAACCAAGGAAUACCGGUCGAAAGGAAUUUUGAAAACCGCAUGUUUACUGUCCUGGCCUGAUGGAUUACCUGAUGUCUCUUAUAUGGAUUUUAUAUACCAAGUACUAUUCUUCGUGGUGACAUACGCGGUACCAAUGCUGGGCAUGACGUUCUUCUACUCGGCAAUGGGCCGCGUGCUGUGGGGCUCGCGGUCCAUUGGCGAACUCACACAACGACAGCUGGACUCAAUACAGUCAAAACGGAAGGUUGUAAAAAUGUUUAUACUGGUGAUCGUCAUCUUCGGCAUUUGCUGGCUGCCAUACCACUCGUAUUUCAUCUACACUCACUUCGAUCCUUCCAUAUUGUACAUGAAGUACGUUCAGCACAUGUACCUCGGCUUCUACUGGUUGGCGAUGGCGAAUGCGAUGGUUAACCCCAUCAUCUAUUACUGGAUGAACGCUAAGUUCAGAUCAUACUUCCGCACAGCAAUUCUGUGCAGAUGGCGUGACACAUGCUUCCGACGCAAGCGGCCGCUGCCCGACUCCCCGCCGGACUGUAUUUCGCAGUCGGGCAGUCGAUCCCGAUCAGGUAUAGAGGAACACAACGAUUCAAGAGGAAGUACAGCGGUCGUAUGGCAGCGGUCGUGGUGUCGACCGCCGCUCGUCCAGCGCUCGCAGAGACCGAGUUCGCUUGCUAGUUGUCCCCCAUGUCCCCGCUGCCCUCACCGGACAUACUAUGACGCCUACAUUCACGGUCGGAAAGUGUAAAUAGCAUUACAUGUUUUUAAA